GUCUCGGUGCUGUAUUUCGCCCGGAGCGCGGAGCUGGCGGGGCUGCGCAGCGAGACCCUCUCGGUGCCACGGCAGAUCACCUCUCUGCAGCUCUGGGAGGAGAUCGUCAAGGCCCACCCCAGGAAUACGUGCUUCUUGGAGAUCAACUCCUGGUCCUUCAGCCUGGAGACGAGGUUGCCAUCAUCCCACCAAUUAGUGGAGGCUGAACCUGCCCAGAUUCUGUUGGUGAGAUAUGGAUGAAACUGAAGAUGUGCCAAAAGAUUUUAUCAAGCUCAAGUCUGCAAAGCUCUCUGUAGAUGAAGUGUCAGAGCUGGUCGUUUCACCAUACUGUGGGGCAGUGUCUCUGUUCAUUGGUACUACAAGAAAUAAUUUUGAAGGGAAAAAAGUGAUUCAAUUAGAAUAUGAAGCAUAUACUUCAAUGGCAGAGACUGAAAUAAAGAAAAUCUGCAGAGAUGUAAGACAGAAAUGGCCUUCAGUCAAACAUAUUGCAGUGCACCAUAGACUUGGUGUGGUUCCAAUAACUGAAGCAAGUGUAAUUAUUGCAGUCUCCUCUCCACACAGAGCAGAAUCCCUUGAAGCUGUAAUGUACUGCAUCAAUACCCUAAAAGCAUCCGUACCAAUAUGGAAAAAGGAGAUUUAUGAGGAUGAAUAUUCUUGGAAAGAAAACAAGGAAUGCUUUUGGGCAAAUUCAGAAAAAUAACUGUACUCUUUUAAAAAUAAAGUGUUACUCUUCCAAA